AAAUUUUAUAACAAUUCGAGUGACCAAACUUGCAAUUAAGCCUAAGAUUAUGUGUACGAGCAAAACUUUGAAAUACUAAGAGCAUGUUAGGAACUAUCCACUAUGAUUUUACAGUUCAAAUAUGCUAAAUUCGCUAUUAAACCUAUAAGAUAACAGGGUGACCCAACAUAACUCUUGAAUUAUUGAUAGAACUGUUUUAAUUUCUCUUUAAAAAAAGAGUCACUUUCUACUGGAAUUGCAAAAGACAAGGAGAGUCUAACCUUACACCUUUCUUGUAAGAAACUUAUUUUGUGUUUUACCAAACGCACAACAACUUCUGUUUGUUUACAAUUUUAUUAAUUUUUACCAUAAAAAAUACAAGAGGGAUAGAGUGUGGUGUUUGUCAAGACUCAAGACCCUAAUAAUGGUCUUAAAGAAACGGGACUUGAUCAAAUUAGAGGAGAUUGGAGUUUGUUAGCAAUAUAUUGACAGAGUUGGGUAUCUUUGAUAAUCCAAGGGAGAGUGAGCAGCGGAUGGUGGUGUCGGCACCUUUAGUGUCUCAGACUAGUCCUGUUCCUGGCUCUUUGUCUUGUUUUGUUGAUGGUGUAGUGCAGCAUGGAUCGCAUGGGGCGGGAGGAUGGGUUAUUCAGGACGCAUCAGGUGUCUUACUAGCUAGUGCUGCUCGGCGGUACCAAGGACUUCAGGAUCCAACUCUGGUGGAAUUGUUGGCUCUGCGGGACGCAGUCCGUUGGUGUUCGGACAGAUGUUGGUUUUCGGUGACUUUUAUGGGAGAUGCGCAAAUAGUGUUCCAGAAAGUGAAGGCUGGGGAGGUACAUGAUGCUCUUGGUGGAGCUUUGCUUCAAGAGAUUCAGGCGUUACGUUCCUCCUUUCAGCAUUUUGAUUGUGUGUUUGUGGGUCGGAAUAGGAAUAGGGUUGCCCAUAUUGUGGCAAGGAAAGCCCUUUCAUUGAGGCCACCGUUGUUGGUGGGUUUCGAUGUCGUUGCGUGGCUUCGGUCACUUUGAUUUGUUAGACUUUGUAUCUUUCAUUUCUCGGUAACACGAGUGAUCUAAUGGCAAAAAAAAAAAAAAAAGAGUUGGGUAUCUUUGUUAUAGUUGUUUAAUAUCAGUCCCUUCAAUAAUUAUACUUAGUUUAUAAUAUUUCUUUAAGCAUAUAAAAUCGAGUAGUGCAAAAAUGAGGAGUUUGAGAACAAAGAAGGUCGAAGUUAGAAAGUAAAGUAUUUAGAAUAUGUGACUUGAAGAACCUAUGAAUAAUUUAUAUUUAUUUACCGUUAUUCCAUAAUUUACAGUUUUCAUAUUAUUUAUGUACUAAAAUAUUUGUCUAGCCAGCUCCUCCAACUUAGUGCAAUCAUUCAAUCCUCACUCACAUAAUCAUCGCAUUCAAGUGUUUUUUAAUUAUUUUAUUACGAAACAAAGUGUAGAUGUAAGAAUCAGUAAUCCAAAUUAGUGGUUGGAAAGAUACUCAUCCAAGAGGUGUUACAAAUGUGAAACUCAUUUUACAAUCAAACCAAUUAAUAAUAAGAAUGUCA